CUCUUCCACUCUGCUCAAUCAGUAAAACUUCUAGUCUUCAAAGAUGAAUGUCUUCUAUUUGAUAUGUUUAUUUGUAACAAUAUGUGUAGUAAACGGGAAAAUGAGACCACGUGGCGUCUCAAUUUCAAUGGCCUCAAAAUAUCAGCCAAAUGAAAGGAAUAAAUUCAAUUGUAUCAAUGGAUUUGGUGAAAUUCCAUAUGAUCACCUGAAUGAUGAUUACUGCGAUUGUGAUGAUGGAACAGAUGAACCAGGGACUUCUGCAUGUGCAAAUGGAAAAUUUCACUGUACAAAUGCUGGUUACAUCCCCAAGUAUAUACAGUCAUCACGAGUAAAUGAUGGAGUUUGCGACUGCUGUGACGGAACAGAUGAAUAUGGUGGCAAAAUUGAAUGUGUGAACAACUGCAAGGAACUUGGAAAGGCAAUGCGUGAAGAACAGGACCAGAAGAGAAGAUUACACGAGGAAGGAUUUAAAAAGAGGGAUGGCUUCAUCGCUGAAGUUAAAAGAAUCAUGGAGGAGAAAAAUGUAAAAAUACAAGAACUUGAGAAGGAGAAAGCAGAACUAGAAGUCAGAUUGAAGGAACUUGAAGCUCUGAAGGCAGAACACGAGGGACCAGAAAAGGAAGCCAAAGACCGCCAUGAACAGGUGUGGAAAGAACAAAAAGAAGCUAAAGAGAAGGAGAGAAGUGCACUCCGGGCCAGGGAAGCCUUUGAUGACCUAGAUUUAAAUAAAGAUGGAUUUUGUGAUAUUUUGGAGAUAAUACCUCACAUGGAGUUUGACAUUGAUUCUAAUGGCAUUGUCAGUGAAGAGGAAGCUAAGGAACAUUUAGAAGACCAAGAAAAAGUUGAUUUUGAUGAAUUUAGUUCUAAAAUAUGGGGAAACAUUCAGGGUAUUUACAAAAAGCUUGUCCCAGAGGAGGAGAAAAAGGAGACCCCACCCCCUGUAGAGCCUCAGGGUGAAACUGAAACCCUAGUACCACCAGAAGAACCUCAGGCCACACCCCAUGUCACACCCCCUCCUGAUGAGGGUGAGGAUUAUGAGGAUGAUGACGGAGAGGAUGAAGAUGAGUCUAAACUACUGGAAACUACCACCAGCAUGGAAAAUGUGGAAUUACCUGAAAAUGCUGAACUUUUCCCUCCAGAGGAAGAAGAACAUGUGGAUGAAGAAAAAAUGCCUGAGUAUGACGAAGAAACUAAAGCCCUUAUAGCAGCUGCUGAUGAAGCACGGAAAAAAUAUGAGGAAGCAGACAAACGCUCAAAAGACAUUGAUGGGGAGAUUACGUCUCUGACUUCAUAUUUAAACACAGACUAUGGUAAAGAUAAAGAAUUUGCAGUUUUACGAGACCAGUGUUAUGAGUAUACAGACAGAGAAUAUACAUACAAGUUAUGUCCCUUUUCUACUGCUUCUCAACGACCCAAGUCAGGAGGCCACGAAACAAAUUUAGGUCGCUGGGGGAGAUGGGAGGAUGACCAUUAUAAAACAAUGGUCUAUGACCACGGACAAAAUUGCUGGAAUGGACCUGACCGAUCCGUCAAGGUCCAUAUAACGUGUGGUCCGGAGCACCAGCUGACAAAUGCCUAUGAGCCGAGUCGCUGUGAAUACGCUUUUGACUUUGUUACCCCCUGUGCCUGUAAUCAACCUCCUCCAGUCCAUGAUAAAGACCCUCAUGAUGAGUUAUAGAACACCAGCUCUACUCACACAUCAACUGUAGAGUUUUCUGAAGAAAAAAAAUUCAUGACUUGUCUCCAAGAGAAUCUUAAUGUGAUCUGUUUAAAACACUCUCUAAUGACAAUUCUUAAAGAUUUUUCCUAAAUAUCAUCCAUUCAUACUCAUUUUUUUCAGAAUAAAAAUAAAAUUGAAAGUGCU